CGGAGCGCCUCCGUGUGGAGUGAGCAGGCACAGAGCGACAUUCGCCCAGCGCCGAGUCGUGCCCGCAGCUGCAGCGCCGUCCCAUGUGCAAGACGCCUCGCCAGCAGCUCGCCACCGCAGCAAGCAUGACGUGUGGGGAGACCGGUCAGGAAGUCAAGCGGUCCCAGUCGUGCCGCAGUCCCAGCAGCUCUGCCGCCGCCCGCCGCAAGAUCUCGCUCGUCCACUUCAGCCCGGUGACGCAAACGGAGGUGGAGCGCCAGGUGGACGGCGAGAGCGGCACCGAACGCCUGCGCAACUUCGAGUCCACCAAGCGCGGCGGCAUCGUCAACCGCGGCGACAGCUUCCGUCGCGACCGCCGGAAGUCGAGCCUCAACAAGGAGGAGCUGCUGCAAGCCAUCAUGCAUGAAAGACGGGCGGAGGAGCUGAGCCUGCUGCAGCGGUCCGUGACGCUGCCCAGCAUGCCGGACCCGCUGCGGGACGGCGCCAGCGAGGCGCGGCGCGUCCUGCUGCUGGGCGCCGCGGGCGUCGGCAAGACGGCCCUGCGCCGCCAGUUCCAGACUUCCGAGUACACCAACGCCUACGAACUGACCUUAGACUACGACGAAGAGUGGCGCAUGGUGUCUGUGUGUCUGGACGGCGCUGAAAUGGAGCUCACCGUCGAGAAGCAGACCAGCUCGAUUUUGGAGAUGCCGGACGAGGCGACGGUGCGGACGCACGACGCGCUGAUUGUGGUGUACAGCGUGACGGAUCCAGCGUCGUUCAGCGCCGCCCGCGGCCUCUGCAACCUCAUCCGCGGCUUCAACGCGCGCCGGCCCGUCAUCCUGGUGGCCAACAAGAGCGACCUGGUCAGGCUGCGGAAGGUCAGCGCCAAAGAAGGCAGGUCACUGGCUGUCCAGUUUGGCUUCAAGUACAUCGAGACAUCGGUGGUCAUCAACUCCAAUAUCGACGAACUCCUAGCGGGCAUCGUCGCUCAGAUUCGGUUUUACCACCAGUUCGAAGACCCCAACAACGCCGUUGAGCUCGCGAAGAGCGAACGUCGUCAGCAGAGGAGAGACAAGCGCAUCAAGUCGCGUACGCUGCCGUCCACCAUCGUCAAGGAAAUCUUUCACAAGGUCAUCGGCCAGAAAGAGUCGAAAUCCUGCCAGAAUUUGCUGACGGUGUAGGCUAAGACUGGAUCUGCGCGUAUAACUUCAUUUACAUGAGAAGUCACCCAUUCAUUGGUGAAUGAAGUCAUGGUGCUGAUACAUCGUCACAUCCGUUGUGUGUGUUUAUAUGCCAAAUGUAUUUAUAGGAAACCAUGACCUUGUACCUACGCCAAAGUUGUGACCUGUGUGCGUAUGUAUUUAUGAGCGUCAAUUCGUGGAUAAAAAAUACUACUGAAGGCGAGUGAAUAUUUAAAAAAUACCCUUUGUUUACGAGUGUAAGAUUGUGAGUGUCAGAUUGUCGAUAUCAUUCUGAAUUCAUGUGUCCCUAGAACAUACGUGUAGAUUAAGAAGGAUUUAAUGACCUGCGCCCGUUUUAUGUGGGUGGAAAUAUACAUAUGAAGUUUGAGAA